CAUGAAAGGUUCAACAGAAGGAGAGAGACGGGAUUAGAAAACGCUUGACAGGCCACUGAGGAAUUCUUCAGUGAAGGCAAAUACAAAAGGCUUCUCCAUCCAGUGGGCUAGACAACUUUUCAACCUUCCUCUACAGAGGAAGAGAGACACAGAAUUCAGCCAUUAGAUGCUCAUCCAAAAGGCAAGAGAAACAUCCUUUUGUCCAAUAAGGCAUCAUGGGGCUUUGGGGAAUGGCCAUCAUCAUCGUCCUCCUCCCACACAUGGCACAGAUGACAGAAAUUUCUCCUGGGUUCAAAAUCCGCAUCACGUCCAGAGGACUAGAGUUGUUGAAACUCGAGACACAGAAGUUUGUGGAGGAAGAGCUGGGAGGUAUCGCCAUGCCAGAGAUGCACGGCAUGAAUGGAAAUCUCCAGUAUUCCAUUACAGAUAUAAAGAUAAAAGAGCUGAACCUGACUGCAGAUCUGAGUUUCCAGCCUGUAGAUGGACUGCUGUUUGAUGUGCAGAACUCAUCUAUUACCCUCAACUUCCAGAGACGUGUGAUCUACUGGUUGUUAGAGGAUCAGGGUGCAAUCAACGCCUCCGCAGAAGGCGUAUACAUCAACACCACCCUCCAUCUUGCCAAGGAUGAUGAGGGCCGUCUCAAGAUUGCCAAUGUCAGCUGUGAUGCUUCCAUCGCCAAGAUGAGGGCCAAGUUUGGCGGGACUUUUGGGAGGCUUUACGACUUUGUUGGCACUUUCCUGACCACAGGAAUGCGCUUCAUAUUAAAUCGAAAGAUUUGCCCUGCUCUGAAUCAUGCUGGUCUUGUGCUGGUCAAUCAACUGCUGGAGACAAUUCCAGUGCGUGCAGAAGUGGAUAGUUACAUUGGCAUUGAUUACUCACUCUUGAGUGACCCAGUGGUUACUGGCACCAGUCUUGAUAUGGAUUUCAGGGGGAUGUUCUAUGACUUGCAGAACGAGAGUGACAUUCUGGAGAAUUAUUCUCCGAAUCCAGUGUUGAACGAGUACAACCACAUGAUCUAUAUGGCUCUCUCCGAGUUCUUUUUCGACAGUGGACUUUAUUCAUAUUUCAAAGCAGGGGUGUUCAGGAUGCACAUAGCGAAUGAACGAAUGCCAAAAGAUUUGGAGAUGCUUCUCAGGACCACCUACUUUGGAGCAAUCAUGCUAUUGAACCCUGCUCUGUUGGAUGCUCCAAUCUCAUUAGAGAUUGAUGUAACAGCAGCUCCUAAGUCUAGCAUCCAGACAUUGGGGGCAACGGUAGCUGUACAUGCUGGUGUCAGAGUGCUGCUUCUACCUGCAGGAAAAUCACCUGUCCAGCUCAGCAGUAUGACGAUGGAGUCCAAAUUGAAUGCCAAGGUGUACAUGAAGGAUAAGAGAUUGGCUAUACAGCUGGACCUGAGAAGGUUUAAAAUCUUUUCUAACCAGUCUGCUUUGGAGUCGUUAGCGCUGAUUCCACUGCAAGCGCCACUGAAGGCUCUUCUCCAAAUGACAAUCGUGCCCCUUUUAAACAAUUACACUAAGAAAGGUGUACAGAUCCCUCUGCCAGAUGGAAUCAACCUCGUCGAGGACGUGGUUAAGUAUCACAAUGGCUACAUCACUAUUGGAGCCAAUCUCCAUUUCCGGAGUGGUCUGAAGGAGCUAAUUGAGAGGACGUCUUAAGAGCCUGACAAAUAUUUAAACACUCUUGUUUUUCCCUUAACUAGUGCCCCGCCCCUUUCACAUGUACUUUUAGUCAACGCUUACUACAUACAGUAAACACCACCCAAAUAUUUUACAGUCUUUGCCAGAUGCAAUCACAGAUAAUACCCUUACAUACUUUGUCUUCAACUGUAGCUACAUUUGAUGUGUAUGGUGUUGUCAGAAUAUAAUUAAUCCCUACUGUAUUACUCAUAUGCAUCUACUUCACACUGGUUAGAACACAAGUAUUACUUUAGUAUUUUGGUAGCCUUUGUUAGUGGAAGACUUGUACUGGAACUAAAAACUGAAUUAACAAUUUUGUCCCAAAUAUAAUCUAAGAAGAAAUGAGGCAAGUAUUUUUUUUUUUUCUAGAAUUUUAAUCAAUGUCUUAAAAAAAACAUUCCAUGUAGACAUGUACCAAUUCUGGAUUAUAAAACUAAAUUAUUCCUUGAUCCUGUAAUACAUGCAAAGUUCUUUUAUGUCUGUUGAACAUCUUACUUUUCGAAUUCUCCAUGUACAAUUUAUCAAGUUAAUUAAAAUUAUCAGGUUUAUUUUGACAGACAAAGAAGGAUCUGAUAGAUUUUGAUUGGGGGUGGGGGACAAACAAAAAACACACCACCUGUGAUGGUAAAGGCACAUCAAUACCUUCAUUUAGAAAUUCAAUGCAAUUUAAAGCAACCCUGAGCAACUGGAGAAAACUAGGUCCACAUGUUUCCCCCGUUUCAUUUUGGUCUUGCAUUUCUUCUUGUGAAAUGAUGUACUAAUCCCUUCUUAAAAUUUAAAUACUUUAAAUCUUCCUGCAAGAUACUGAGUAUUAGUUGAAAAGCUGAACGUUUAUAAAAAAAAAAACAAAAAAACCCCCACACAGACUCAUCAGUCCAGAAUUAGCAGCUACUACAAUUAAGCCCCUCAUGUAAGAAUUAUACAGUCACUUGAAGCAAAAUGAUAAUAUUGUGAACAGCAGCCUGCAAUGGUUUCAGCCACAGUUAUGGAGAGAAAAAAAAAAAAUAAAAAAAAAUAAAAAAAAAAA